AUGGAUGUAACAUCGAUCUCAGGCGACGGGUUCGGCCCAGGAAAGGCCGAGAAGGGAUCCUUUCCGUCCCUCCAUCGCUAUUCGGUUCAACCCUUGGGAGACAGCCGCAGUACCGCGCCGAGCUCCAGCAGCUCGCGUGGACAGUCUGCCGACGAUCGCCGCGCGACGUGUGUGAACGCGAGGAAUGGCCCGGAUGCAGACGUCCAGUUUUCAACUCCGUGUUCAGGUUCACUAAAUGAAAUCGUCGCGCAAAGUCCGAAGAAUGCAAUCGCAAAAAAGACGGUUUCGCCGUUGUGUUCUGAUGGCGUGGCGGAGCUAAAAACGCGAAUGGACCGGGCUAUUCUAGUGGACAAGACAAACGAAAAGGGUGUUGGCUCCAAAGCACAGAGUGGCGAUUUCACUGGUGAAACCGCUUCUCCAUUUCGGUCGUCUUCGCCGAGCACCGAAGAGCUUACUGUUGCAGCGGUCAGUGAUGAAGGGACUGUCAGUCCGCCUAACGGCACUGAAGGGCCAUCCGCGAGUGCGGAGAACGCGACUUCUGCGGAGGGUUCCGGUGACGGCGCGCUCAAAUGGGACCGCGCAUACUGCAAACAUUUCCUUUUUGGGCGGUGCGCGCGCCGCCGUUGCCGAUUUCUCCACGGAGAUGCCGAAGUUGUGCAACAGCAAAGACGCCUCCUCGAAAUGGACACGGCUGCGGCGGCGGCUGCUAAUGGCUCCACACAGAGUGAAGAGUCGUCGACGAGAAACGCGGGAGCCGCAAAUCCGCGACAGACGCGCGAAAGAAAAGCCGGACAAAACCCUUCCGGUGGCGGCGCAGUGCUGGUCCGGAACGACGAUCGCCGAGACGACUCCAAUAAACUGACAAACCGCUUCUUCGCUUCACACGGAGGCAACUCGAACCAGCCACAGCGUCGUGGAUCUCAAGGCCAGUACACUCCCAUGGGCGUACCACCGCCAUGCCGCUUCGGCAACUACCAGCAACCUAACCGCAGCUUGAAUGGUAUCGCCAGUCAAGAAGGGGAGAACCGGUGCAAACAGAUUCCUGGCACCGGUGUCCAUCGAUGCCCCCCAGGCGUGCCCGGUCAGGCGCCGUACGUCCCCUUUUUCUACAGCAACACCGGGCCGAAUGGGGGUACGAACCCAGUUCGAUCCCCGUCGCCCCCAGGCACGUACCUCACAUCGCCGAUGUUUGCGUACGGCGGACCGUCCAAUAGUGACGCGUCAGGAGGAAAUGGGAGCUUUGUUCCCUCGUCACAGACCUACUUUGGAAACGGCCAGGGCGCCGCGCCGUGGGUGCCUGCUACUCCUGUGCCGCCGCCACCCGCUGCAGCCCCAUCACCGUUCAUGCCGCAAACUCUGUACGGCUCCGGAGCACCCUCGCCGGACCCUGCGCGACGCCCGCCUCCGCCGAGUGCUUCGCAGUUCCUGGUGGCCGACAAUUCCACGCCGUUGAGGAGCGACUUGGACUUUGCGCUGGCCCUGGCCUCCGCAGCCGCCGAGCAGCUGUCGCGAAGUGAGGAGAAGUUCUCAGCAGCCAAGGUCGCUUCGGUCGCUGCCCAGGAGCUCGCGGCGCAGUUGCAGGCGUCGUCGGCUCAGCGUCGCCAAGACGGGGCGAAUGCCAGUGCGUCCGGGUUUCCGUGGCCGAAAGGCCUUGCGGGCGCGACGCCUCCAGGUGGCUUUCAAGGGUCCCCCGCAUCGCCGCCUUCAGAUCUGCGCUUUGUGCAGGCUGCCGAGUCUCUCGCGGAGCGGUGCCACAUCCCUUUCGUCAGCAUCUAUUUGCCGGGUCAGGGGUACGUCAUCCAGUUCGUUGAAGGCGUGGCAGGCACAAACAGCCCAAACGGGAGUGCGGAAAGGCUGUCGGCCUUGGCCGACCGCCAGGGCGGCAACUCGGGGUAUGGCGCAAAGCCGGAAGGCUCGACUCAAGCGACACAUCUCGCGUCUAAGGAGUUUCCUGGAGGCGGCCUCGAGAAGGCGCAAGUGAACAAUGCCCAAACAAGUGCAGCGAGUGCGUCUGCGACUGACUCGGGCGACCUCGCCGGAAAAAGAGAAAAGCCACUUGCAGGGAAUCCACUUGUCUCGACGACGCGCUCGUGGCUCGACGUCCUGAAGGCUCCGGCUGCCAGCGGUCCGUGCAAACCCAAAGGUGGGGAGAAGAAGAGCGACCACACGGCCGCUGUAGGGUCGGGGGACAGGAAGACAACACAUGCGUCUGGGAAUCCCCUCAGCCUUUUUGACGCCCUACAAGACAUGUCUCGGCCGGUUCCACCUGCAGGGGACUCCGCUCACGCGGUCGUCGCCCCUCCAGAAGAGGCUAGCACGAGCUCAGGCUGGCCCAGUCUGACGCAUGUGCAAAGACAGGAUGGCGCUCAGAGUCUGGAGAGUGGCGAAACCCGACAAACGAACGCGCCUUUAGAAAGAGACACCCAGCUGCUUCCCAACGUGGGCACGGAUGUGUGGGCCCGAAGCGGCGCGCCUCUCGUGGACACGGGAGUCGUCCACCCGAGCCAACAAGUACAGACAGUCCUUUCCGGAAGGCCUCAAGAACCCGCACUGGGCGUGGGUCGGCGUCUCAUUUCCGCGACGGAGAGCCGGCAGGCCGGACUUCGUCAGAAUCGCCAGCCAGGGACGUCUGCGGCACUUUCUGCUCAAGGACCUUCGCAUCCGCAUGCCUGCAUUCCGGCGGCAACGUUCUCGAGUCUUAACCAGGUCCCCGAAGACCGAGACCUGAAUGGUCGCAAGGGUUUGGGGGCUGCAGGGAGUGGGUGUUUCUCUCCGUCGUUUUCCUCAGCUGGAUUGUUCCUUGGCGCGGACAAAGAGGCGACUGACAGUCUCCGACCUGAUUUCCUGCGUCUCGGCGCGAUCCGACGCGAAGACCUCCAGAAACGGGAAGCAGGGAGAGGCGACGGGUGUGUAGCUUCGUCUCCCUUUCUCAACUCGGGCGCCCCCUCUUUGCAGGACACGCUCCUCUCGAAGCUCUCGGGGUCGUGCGCGCCUGCGCCGCUGCCUUUCCAGGCGCACGGCGACCUCCCGUCCCUUUCGCUUCAACAGCAGAUGGCUGCGGCGCUUUCGCAAGCUCACACGACGACUGGCGGGGCAAACACCUUCUCGUCGGGCUCGUUUCCCUGGCUGGUCUCGGACUUUGCGGCGUCCACGACCGAGUGUGGCUUCGCGGGUGUCUCUGAGAGUGCGGGGGAUCUGGGCGUCUUUUCGGGGCGCGGGACCAAGGUCGGAGACGUCUCAGGUGUCGGCAGGCCACGUCCUACGGGGGACGGAUGCGAAGGCGCACAGGGCGAGGUCUUCUCCGGCCACGAAGGGGUGUGUGCACUCUCGGCAUCCCACGACGCCGGCCUCCUGCGGUCCGACAGAUCUGGGUCCAAGCUUGGCCUGAAGCCGAAAUCGCCUCCUAGGAAGCUCUCUGGGUGGAUCGCUUCGGCGUUUCAGAACCGCGUAGGAUCCGACCCGCGGUUUUUCUUGGAUGACUUCGCCGAGGAGUUGGGCAGAGGCUUCGACCACGAGGAGGACGACGAUAAACUGAGCAAAAUGGACACACACUUCACUCUGAAGAGUCUCGAUUCAAGGCGCAACAGCAGUCCCGGCGGAGCCGGGAAAACUGCGGGGCUGUUCCACGGAGACAUGUCGCUCUCGCCCACUGCCGCCCUCAUUGCAUCAAUCUGGCAGAAGGCCGGAAUCGACGACGACGAGAUCCACGAGACCCUCGGAGCGGAGGAGAGCCAGCCAGCCCCGCGGGUGAACAAGGACGGGAAGAUUCUCUCCUCGUUCUGA